AUGGAUCCUUGUGCAGACGAGUUUUUGACUUCAGAAGAACCCGAUGAUCGAGUAGUUCGUCAGUUAGUGCUUGAUUACCUUAUACAUAAUUGCUAUGGUGAAACAGCCAAAGUUUUCUUUAAAGAUAGCCAGGACCUAAGUACUGCUACCUCCAAAGAAGACAAUUACUCUAAUGGUUGCAUCAAAAAUGGAAAAUUCCCAAACGGUAAUUCCGCGUAUGAACAAAAUCACAAAAAUGAAACCGACGCAGAGGGUGAUUUAGAAAUGACCGACCCAAAUCUAGAGGGCUAUAUACACGUUAAUGCCUACGGCAAUUCUUUAUCACAAGAUACCUCAAAGCUUCUCAUGUUACUAGGGAAUAAACAAAAUAGCAAAAGCGGGUUUGAUGUAGAAUUUGCAUUGAAAAGUCUUGGAGUAAGAAAACAAAUACGCGAAUAUAUAAUAGCUGGUAAUAUCCCAGCUGCAUUAUUAUUGUGCCAAGCUACUUUCCCGAAGGUUGUGGCUGUAGAUGAAGAUGAUCUAGCAACCUCACGAUCUACAGAGAUGCGCUUCAAACUUCAUUUACAACAGUUCAUUGAAACUGUACGUGCAGGAAACUCCGAAGAGGCUUUAAUGUUCGCGCUAACAGAGUUGCGCAAGUAUACAGAACAUGGGGACCCAAAUGAAAAGAAAAAAUACCGUGAUUCAUUGGAUGAGGUGAUUUCGAUAAUCGCAUAUACGGAACCGGAAAAUUCCCCAUCCGCGAAAUUUUUUGCUCAAACACGUCGUGAUCAAUUAGCAGACGAAAUCAACAGCAUGAUACUUUCAUAUGACAAUCAAAUGAACGAAUCGGCACUCGAACGAAUUAUAAAGCAGGCAACUGUAGUACGUGAAUAUUUACACAACGCUAUGUCAAAAGGACAAAAAACAAGCAAGGUAUAUGCGAAAUGGCAACUCUCCACGUUUAUUCAAGAGGGCAGUUGA